GAGGCAUGAUUCCCUAUUGAAUGGCCAGGUCUUUUCGAGAGCCUAGAGACCAAUUGCGGUACGUCAAGCGUGUAUUUCGGCACUUCAGUAAUAACGAAGUCUCGAGACUCGCAAGAAAAUCGUAGCAUGCAAGAAACGGAAGCGACAGGUCUAGGGGAACGGUGGAGCUUGUUGUCUCGUGCAUUUUUUUUUUGCUUUUGCUUGUUCGCUUUGCAGGAUUGUGAAGCGUGUGAAGAUCAGCUAACCACCCACGAUACAUCGGUAGUUGCUUGUGGACAUUUAGUAAAUAACCAGACAUCAUUGGUGCAAAGCGCUUCCUCAGAGAGUCAUGAAGAUUCAAGAUUCAGGCGGAGAUUCACGAGGUCGAUUCUAGCUUCCAAGCGGUCACAUCCGUGUCGCCAGUUGGAGGUCCCCAGUUGGAUGUCUCCGAAUCGCUUCGGAUGAAGGUUUUGAAGCCCCAAAGAGAUGAACCGAAGAUCAGGGUCUA